AUGGAUGCAUCAUCCGACAAGCUUAAAUCCUAUCAAUCGCUUGAUUCAUCGAACAUUGACGAUAACCAUUUAGGAGAACCUCGUUCAAAUAAUGCGACAUCUCCCAAUACGUUUCUGUCAGUCCUCCAAAAUCAGUGGGCUAAUCCACGAAUCCGAAACUGGAUAUAUUAUUGUCUUGUGAUUAUCAGUCUACUCGUUCUUAUUCCAGGUCUUUGGUGUUCAAUGAUUGAUGUGCACAUCUAUACUAAUUUUGCUGGCACAAGACUGGUUGUAGCAAGUCAAAGAACAAGCAUUUUAUCGACAAUAUCCUAUUUAUUCGAUCAAGGUCGUUAUUUACCUGGUAUUCUGAUUAUAAUAUUUGCAGUGGUAACUCCAAUCAUCAAAUCGAUCUUGUUGCUUCUAAUGAACAAUAUGCAUAAAUCGAAAUACAACUACUUGAUUUAUACUAUUAUUCGUGAUUGGGAAAAAUGGAAUAUGGCUGAUGUGUUUACAAUGUCUGUAUUUCUCGCUUUCUUAUCUUCGGCUUUCAUAAAAGAUAUCGAAGCAAAAUUACUCGCAGGAUUCUACUGUUUCUUGGUAUACUGCAUCGUAUCAGUGAUAGCAGUACGAGUCAUGUGGUCGCCAUCAAUUCCAAACGACACACCUGAAGAAGGUAUAUUGAAAACUAUUGAAACUGUUGAGCAGACACCUUCUGAUUCCUUUAACGAUCUCAGUGGUAAUAAGAGUGUUCAAGAUAAUAACCCAACUGCAAUAUCAAUGGAUGAUAUCCUUAAUUUAAACAAACUGAAUGAAUCAAAAAAUCAUUAA